CCACCAGCUGAUUGGGUGGAAAACGCGGGGAUUCCCUCGCGUAUCUAGUCUGAUUGGUUCAUAAGAUUUCCCAGCAGGCAAAAUUACGCGGGAAAGGAGUUAGAGGGACCUGGACUUUCAAUCUAUUUUUUCUCUCCUGAAAAACGAAGGAGAAUUCAAUGUAUAUCAUUAUGUCCGGGAGUGCGAGUUGCAAUUCGCCCAAGCGAAUGGUUGUCUCUGUCAUUAAAGCCACACCAUUCCAAUCCAAAUUUGGUACCGAGGAAUUAAACCUGGGGGAUUUCUCAAUGGUUUUUCCCUACAAAUGGCCGGAAAACUCCAACAGUAUGAGUUUGAGUCCGACCCCCAGCAUUGGAUCAACAGGGUCCGCUUCGCCCAGGCAGAGUCCCGAUAUCGCCGCGUACAAGGAUGGGAUGAGACGUGGCCGGCCGAGAGCAGAAAUAGUCCGAGAUUUGAUCAACGAGGGCAGCCUGUCCACUAGCCGGAUUCGCUGUCACGUCUGCAAUCGAGUUUUCCCAAGAGAGAAAUCGCUGCAAGCGCACAAAAGGACACACACUGGUGAGAGGCCGUAUGUGUGUGACUACCCAAGCUGUGGGAGAGCCUUUGUGCAGAGUGGGCAGCUCAAGACGCACCAACGCCUGCACACUGGAGAGAAACCCUUCAUCUGUUCCGAGCCGGGUUGUGUCAGCAAGUUUACUCAUGCCAAUCGGCACUGCGCAAAACACCCGUAUGCCCGGCUGAGGAGGCAUGAUGGUACAACGGAACAGGGCAAGGUCACAAUGGUUGAAGAAGACAAGGCAGUAGUGGAGUGGUUAACAAGGUACUGGCAGAGUCGAGAACAGCGUCCAGUCCCAGUGCAGGAAGAGGCAGACUGCCAGAAAUCUGACCAGGAACAGAAAAACCCAAUGAACAACCGAGAGGAGGAAGAGGAGAAGGAACAGUGCUAUACUGGGCAACACCUGCAGGAACAGAGAGAGCGGUGGCAUGGGGCACUGGCACUUAUCCAGCUGGCAAACCUCUCCACAGAUCAGCUGUACUGAUCAGCCUUCCACUUACCCCCAACCCCCCUCACCCAUCCAAACUUGGCAGAGUGGGGAUGGGGAAGAGGAACAAGAAGUGGCAAGUGAGUCCAGUGCAUGCUGUCUCUUUGAGCUCGAGCCUGUGGACCAAUCUCUCUGACUGGAGCUCUUGGAGGUUUACAGGUGUUGGUCUUGGCUGUUGUACAGCAAGAGUGAAGAUUCUUAUUUGGUCCUUGUCAAAGCUGCAUCUUCCUCUGGUUGCUCACUUGCUGUUUUCUUUUAAGCAUGUUUUAACUGGGACCCCAUUGCUUAUAAGUGACAAAAAAUACUGUCUCAGUCACUAUUUUAAAAACCAAUUUUAAAUACACGGUUUUAAAAGAAACAGUAUGUGUAUCAGAGUAGACCAGUUUGUGAUGAUCCUUUACAUUGCGGAGCUAACGCUUAUUGUGCUUAGCUUCAGGAGUUUCUGUGGCUUGAAGGCCAGAGCUUGUAUUUUAUAAAAUUGUAGAACCUUGCAGUAUGGAAGCAGGCCACUCAGCCCAUUAGGUCCACACUGGCCCUCUAAAGAACGUCCCACCCUAUCCCUGUAACCCUGAAUUUCUCAUGGCUAAUCCACCUAGCCUGCACAUCCCUGGACACUAUGGGCAAUUUAGCAUGGCCAAUCCACCUAACCUGCACGUCUUUGGACUGUGGGAGGAAACGGAAGCACCCAGAGGAAACCCAUGCAGACACGGAGAGAACGUGUGGAGUUUGUGCAGUCACCCAAGAGUGGAAUCAAACCCUAAUCCCUGGUGCUGUGAGGCAGCUGUGCUUACCACUGAGCCACUGUAUUAUAAUAGCUUUACAGUCAACUGGAUACUUUUUGAAGUGUAGCUAUUAAUAUAUGGUGGGCAAAUUUCUAAGAAGCAAUAAGGUAAUCACCGGAUCAGUCCUCGAUUAGAGGAGAAAUAUUAACCUGGACACACUGAGCAGCUUCAAAAUAGUGAGAUCUUUUACGUUCACCCGAGAGAACAGACAGAGCUUCAGUUUUAACAUUUUGAAAUGAGCCUUUGCAAGUGCCACACUCCCAACACUGCAUUGGAGUUUCAACCUGGGUUACAUAUUGCAUUGGGGCUUAAAUCCACAACCCUUCUGAGGCCACGGUAAAGAUGUCUAUCUGAUUCCGAAAGGUUUUCAUGGAUGUUUUCCAUUUCAGUGGGUGGUGUGAACCUGUGAAGAUAAGCUGUGAUUUGGAGGUGCUGGUGUUGGACUGGGGUGGACAAGGUCAGAAAUCACACGACACCAGGUUACGGUCCAACAAGCUUAUUUGAAAACACAAGCUUUUGGAGCCUUGCUUCUUCAGGUGUUCAUAAGAGAGGUAGUAUCAGACACAGAAUUUAGAAGUAAAAAAUCAAAGGGUCACACCUCUGAGGAUGUACUAAACAAACCUAAGAUGCUGUUAAAUCUUUAAUUAGUUAGAAAGUUUUAAUUGAUAGGUAUAUGUAAAUUCCCAAAUUCCUUUUAAAUCAUUGUCCUGAGAGAACUACAGGUUUUAUCAGUGUAAAGAAGAGGUGACAUUUUAGGUCAGACAACGCAUGUUAGGUGUGAGGCCUUGUUUAGAAUCCGUUUGUGUUUUGGUUUGAAGUCAAUCUGGUUUUAUUUCUAAAGUAGGAAUUUAUAAAAGUCCACAUUGACUGUCUAUAAAUUGUGUGCUUCUUGAGCAAAAUAGAAUGUAUCUGCAAGAUAAGCUGAAUAAUGGCAGAGUUAAGCCAUCUGCUAGUGCAGUCAGUGGAAACGUGUUGAGCACUCCAGUUCUGUCUCUUUUUAUGUAAACUGUCAGAAUUCAUUGCCACCUACUGAUGCACAUAGAAACUGCAGCACUUAACAGCACUGCCAAUAAUUACAAAUCUGUCUUGUGUUAAUCAUUAACAAUUUUCCUCUUCUUUUAUCCAACUUGUAGUCACAUGGGGAAUCAGUUAGCUUAGUUGGCUGGAAGGCUGGUUUGCAAUGCAGAGUGAUGCCAAUAAUGCAUGUAAAUUGCUGCACCAGCUGAGGUUAUCAUGAAGGUCCUGCCUUCUCAACCUUGCUACUCGCUAGAAGAAUGGUGCCUUUGGGUUAAACUUGCAAUCAUUUGUCUCUAAUGAGAGAGCAGCCCUAUGGUUCUCUGGGAUUAUGACAACUUUACCUAGAUGCAUGUUUAUUGCUUGACAGAUGUGAAUAUGGGCUAAGGGCAAUGUAAUGCUUUGGCUUUCUUGAGCAGUGCCUAUAAACUUAUUUUAUUGCUCAUCUUCUAUGUUUCAGGAAAGGGAAGGAGCUGACACAAAGUUGGUGUUACGUUAAGACAAAUUGAAAACUGAAGCCAAUUUAGUAAUGCUGGUAGUUUUUCAACCUGGAUCCUCACAUUCUGUCUCAAUUAAAAAUGAUGGAAGAUUAUAAAGACAAAGAGGAUCCAAUGAAGAAUUAAAUUUAACUCCCAGACCAGGAGAAGACUCUCCAUUUUUCAACCCUUCAAAUGCCUCAAAUUUGCACCUGAUUGUCAGAUUAUUCUGCACCUUUUUAAUUGAGUGAAAAAAAAUUUCUAUAUCAGUGGCUUCCUGUAGCGAUGCAAGGGUUGGGAAAUAGGAGGGCCAUAGGGGAGGGGUUGAUAAUGGUGCAACAGAGGAUGAGGAGGAGAACAGGCAGAAAAGGGAUGUGUGAUAGGAAGUUGAAGAUGAAGAGGAGCACUGGGACAAAGUUGGAUCAGGGAAAGAGGAAUGGAGCAGAAAGAGCAGGUGGGAGUCAUGGAGGAGAGAACAAGAGGGGAAAACGGGGAUGGAGAGGAAGUGGAGAAAUCAAUCUGAGGAGUAGAAUGAAGAGCAAGGGAGAAGGAAAAUGGGGGUGGAUGUCGGAGGUGUGUUCAAUGGAUGGGGAGAGAGCUAGAAGAGAUGCCCAGAUAUUCAGUUCUUUUGAGCUUGUUCACAAAAUCCGGAACUGACUUUUUAACUUGCAUAACAGCAAUGGCAGUAUUUUUUUUUUGUUUUAGAUGAGUCUUUAACAAGGUCAGAAGAAAUUGGGUGUAGAGGUGGGUUUGUUGACAAAUUUUGUUUUCACCCUGCUCACUAUAGUCCCUGUUUUUGUGACUCCUACUGUAAGUCACACUUUGAAAAGGUAGAGGCUAUUUAAGUUAUACAUUUGCACUACAUAUCAAGCCACUUCCGUUUGUAAAAGGGGAGACUUGAGGUUUGGCAAUUGACUGAAUGCCCAUUAUGUGUGGGAUAUGGAUGAGAGUGGAGAAUUUUCUCCACUGGUUCAAGAGGAACAAACAUUGGUGUUAAAAUAUUAUCUGACUAAUGAUAACUAGUGAGAUAUCAUUUUGACUGCUGUGUGUGUGUUUGGGGGAGGGGUGAAGUGAGAAAGGAGAAAUUCCUUUGAGACAGGGUCAUUGGAAAUGAAGAUUUUUUA